AACAAUAUGUUUUUGAAAUUACUACUUAACUUUGCUCAUGAUUUAAUUUUUUUUUUAUUUUUUUUAGGAAACUUUGCUCAUGAAUUGGACACUAGUAAUUAAGCAUCUUCCUAAAUUACCAAUAAUUAAAAUACAUUUGGGAAAUUAAGCCUCCUCCAAAUCUGCCUAGGCUCUCGUCUAAAACAACUUUUUUGAAUUUGCAAUCCAAAAUCAGCAAAGUAUCACAAAUUACAAGCCCUAGCCCCCAAAUCCCACAAUCCAAAGUGGCGGCACAAUUCGUUGACCUCGCCGGAGCAACGGCAGCCCAUCGGCGCAUCUCAUCGUCACCGGGGUUUCCCUAGCUUUAUGCAUUAUGCACUCCAACAUUGCUCGAAUUAAGCUUGUGAGCUCACACCCUGAAGUUUAUGAUCCGUGUGAUGAUUCAUUUGCAUUGGUUGAUGCAUUGCUAGCCGAUAGAGCUAAUCUAAUAGGCCAUCGCCCGUCGAUUUGCAUGGAAAUUGGCUGUGGCAGUGGCUAUGUCAUUACUUCACUUGCUCUCUUGCUCGGGAAAGAGUGCCCUAGUUCAUACUACAUUGCAACAGACAUAAAUCCCCACGCCAUCACAGCGACGCACGAGACACUAGAAGCACACGGGUGUCGUGCUGAGGUGGUGAACACGGAUAUUGCAUCGGGGCUGGAGAGGCGCCUGGCCAGAUGCGUGGAUGUGAUGGUGGUGAACCCGCCUUAUGUGCCAACCCCGGAUGCAGAGGUUGGUUGCCGUGGGAUCGCCUCUGCUUGGGCAGGAGGGGAGAAUGGGCGGCGUGUUAUUGAUAGGAUGUUGCCGGUUGCAGACAAUCUCUUGUCUGAUAAGGGCUGGUUGUACAUGGUUACACUCGCUGCGAAUAACCCCAUGGAAUUGUGCCUUCAGAUGAGGAAGAAAGGCUAUGCUUCUCGGAUCGUUCUGCAGAGAUCAACCGAAGAAGAGAGCCUCAACAUCAUCAAGUUCUGGCGGGAUAAGGAUACUUUGUUGGAGGUUAAUGAGUGUACUGAAUUUGAGAAAACAGGAAAUGGAAUCCGCGUAAAAUUACCACAUUUUUCCCCGUUUUCGUUCUGGAAUUAUGGGUACCGGGCAACAAACUAGUUCAAAUAGAAUGAGGAAUCAUCUCAGCUUGCUGGCUCAAUUUCAAUUCUGUAAUCCUUUGUAACAUUUUUCCAACAGUGCCGGUUCUUGGCGGAUCAAGUUGAUGGGAGUCGAUGCAUCGUUGUUCAGUCGAGAAUGCAGCCAACAGCUGAGCAAUGGAGGGGGGUAGAAAGAGCUAGGCCAAAAUCUGCCAGAGUAAGCUUAAAUCUGCUUAAGAUGUCAAACUAAGCUUUUGAGUUUGAAUGACGACUCCACAAUUUGGCAGUGGCCAAAAAGAUCGAAAACUUUGGUGAUUGAUUGUUUGAACAUAUAGCAGUGAUGUUAGAAUCUUUGCUUCAAAUAAGUUAAUAAAAUUUCCAGUCGAAAACUGCAGCUAUCUGUUUAAACUGAGGAAA